ACAAAAAAAAACGCCCCGUGACGCCACCCAGCUGCCCCUUCCCGAUUGACCUUUGCAUCCGCAAGGUUUGGGCUUCUCUGGCCGGAGGUUGAGUAUUAUUUCUCCAUGCCCUCGCGCCUCUCCAGCCCUCCUCUCUUCUCCACGGCGUCGCACCACCGCAUGUGUCGCUGCCCGCUGCGGCCUUGAUACCAUCGGCAAGCGACUUGAGUCUUUGCGCUUGCUACAGGGGACGAAGAAAGACUGGACUGUUUACGAGUCCAAACAACAAAACAUAAUCGUUUGAGAAAACACCCCGCGGGGAUCCCAACAGUCGGUCAACAUGGCCGCCCGUAAGGACAUGGACAACAAGGCUCUCGAGGCCGAUGUCGUCGACACGCACACCAACAUGCCCGCCUCGGGCUCGAGCUCGGGUGCGGCGGCCAACGCGGACCAAGACGCGGCCGUGGGCCAGGCGUUGCACCAGAUGGAGGCGCGCAGCGUGCACUGGUACUCGUACCUGACGACGGUCGACUUCUGGGUCGUUCUGGGACUGGGCCAGGUGCUGUCACUGUGCAUCACGUCGACCAACACGUUCAGCCAGCUGCUGAGCGGCGCAAAGGUGUCGAUCCCCGCCUUCCAAACCAUCUUCAACUACGUGCUCCUCACGGCCGUCUACCUGACGGUCACGCUGUACCGCUACGGGCCCCGCCGGCUGGGCGGCGUGUGGCUGCGCGACGGCUGGAAGUACUUCAUCCUGAGCUUCCUCGACGUGCAGGGCAACUACUUCACGGUGCUGGCGUACCGCUAUACCAACAUCCUGUCGGCCCAGCUCAUCAACUUCUGGGCCAUCGUGUGCGUCGUGAUCCUGUCGUUCCUGGUGCUCAAGGUGCGGUACCGCGUCUUCCAGAUUGCGGGCAUCCUGCUGGCCUGCGGCGGCAUGGGCCUGCUGAUCGCGCAGGACCACAUUGCGGGCCAGAACGGCGGCGACGGCGAGGACAUGCUCAAGGGCGACCUGUUCGCCCUCGUCGGCGCCACGUGCUACGGCCUCAGCAACGUGUUUGAGGAGUGGUUCGUCAGCCGCCGCCCCGUCUACGAGGUGCUGUCGUUCCUGGGCGUCUUUGGCGUGCUCAUCAACGGCGUCCAGGCCGCCAUCUUUGACCGCGCCCAGUUCGAGACGGCCGAGUGGUCGCCCGCCGUGGGCGGCUACCUCGCCGGCUUCACGUUCGCGCUCUUCCUCUUCUACAGCCUGGUGCCGCUGGUGCUGCGCAUGGCGAGCGCGGGCUUCUACAACAUCAGCCUGCUGACGAGCAAUUUUUGGGGUGUCCUCAUCGGCGUCAACGUGUUUGGUCUGGUCGUGCGCCAGCUGUACCCCGUCAGCUUCGUGCUCAUCGUGCUCGGGCUCGUCAUCUACUUUUUGGCCGGCAGCAUCCUGGGCGAGUCCAAGAAGCCCUGGCUGGGCGACAACCAGGAGGAGGGUGUCGCGGGCAUCGGCACCGCCAAGCUCAAGGCCCUCAACCUGGCAAGGAAGCAGGGGCUCGUGGGUGAGGCGGGUAGUGACGGCGCUGUUUGAUGAGGGGUGGUUGGCGAGGCGGUGAUACAGUGUGGGUGUAGGCCGCUCGGUUUGCCAUUUCGUUUCCGUUGCUGUUGGGGGUUCGACAAUGUGGAUUUGGAUGACUUGCUCCUGACGGAUGACUGUUGUUCUUUUAGUUCCCUCGUUUCAUACCCACCACUAUUUUCUAAUCUGGAUAUUUACGUAUGGGAUCCCUGGUCGGCGCACCAACCUACGAGGCCAAGUAUAUCUACAAGUCCUUGUAUAGCUUCGAUUAUGUCCAGGGGAUACUACAAGGCCCAAUACGACUGAGCUCGUAGUUCUGAUUAGUCUACCCUUUCAAUGGAUUAUGCAUUGGGCUAUCUGUUG